GAAGCAGGGGAGGAUGGGUGAUGGGCCUGUGAGUCUCCCUGGUCUCACUCCUUCCUUCUCUCUCAUCCUCUCAUGGAGCCUCCUGUUGACAGCUCCACCUCCCCCUGGAACUCUUCCCAGUCCUCUCUCUCCGGACUUCCAGGUCCCUGGCUCCCAGCCUUCCCAGCCUCGCUGCACCCCAAUGCCUCUAAAGUGAGUCUUCCCGUGGGCACCGGCGCCAGCAGAGCCCCCCUGGCCCAGUCCCUGGCCCUGUGUGUGAUGCUUCUCAUGGACCUCUUAGCGGUCGUAGGCAACCUAGCCGUCAUGGCUGUCAUCACCAAGACGCCGCAGCUGAGGAAGUUCGCCUUCGUGUUCCACCUGUGUCUGGUUGAUCUGCUGGCGGCUCUGGUUCUGAUGCCUCUGGGCAUGCUGCCGGACCGGGUUUUGGCGCACGAUGAGGCACUGUGCCGGAGCUACCUCUGUCUUAGCGUGGGUCUGGUCAGUGCUGCCAUCUUGUCUAUCUCUGCCAUCAACGUGGAGAGGUACUAUUAUAUUGUCCACCCCAUGCGCCAUGAGGUCAAGAUGACCGUGGGGGUGGUUGUGACGGUGUUGGUCGGGAUCUGGAUCAAAGCUAUUGUCACGUCAGCAAUGCCACUCCUGGGCUGGGUCUUCCAGGGGAGCCAGGGGGUAGGGGUCGAACUCGGAGGGGGACUAGAGGCUCCCAUGAUCCCGAGUCAUCCAAGCCAAAGACGUUGCUCCCUACACUGGACCGGAGGAGGAGGGACCACACGGUUAAUAUUCAUGCUCUUCUUCACCUUUGUUUACUUCCUGUGUCCAGUGCUGAUCAUCCUUGUUGUGUACUGUAACAUGUUUAAAGUAGCCAGGGUCGCAGCCAUGCAGCAUGGCCCCUUACCUACCGGGAUGGACACACCUGGGCCCCGCCCUCACCGCUCCGAGUCCCUCAGCAGCCAAUCCACCAUGGCUGCCAGCCUGGGAGGCCCCGGAGGUGGCCCUGGGGGCCCAUGUCCUCCACUCCGCACCCCCAGUCAGAGGACCUUCAACGGGGGUAAAGCUGUGGCAGUCCUGGUGGCGGUUGGAGGCCAGUUCCUUUGCUGCUGGCUGCCUUACUUCUCCUUUCACCUGUACGCCGCCCUGGUCUCCACCCCCCCAGCCUCCCUGGCUUCGGACCAGAUGGAGGAAGUCGUGACCUGGAUCGGUUACUUCUGCUUCACCUCUAACCCCUUAUUCUACGGCUGUCUGAACCGGCAGAUCCGCACGGAGCUGGGCCGAAGCCUGGCCUGUAUCUUUAAGCGGGCGGGGCCGGGCAACGGGGAUCAGCUGGCCAGCCGAGAGGCCUCCAUCGAGGAGAACUUCCUCCAGUUCCUCCAGGGGACAGGGUGCAAUCUGGAGCCCUGCGAAUCUCAGGCACACAGCAGGGCUAGCAGGCCAGAGGAGCUGAAGGAGGCGGGGGAGAGGGGCCCUCUUCAAGAUGGACCUUGUCAGGAGAACACGCGGGUCCAGGAACACAUGCCUGUUGACUUCCACAUCCCUGGACAGAUUAUCGAGGAGACCUCUGAGUUCUUGGAGCAGCAGCAUCUGAAUCUGAACAAUGACAUCAACCUAGCAGAGAACUGCUGCAGGGUACACAGAACAUUGCUGGACAGCGCCUGAGCUGUAGCUGACACCGGCCACUCAUGUGUACAGUAGGCAUUUUUUUGGGUGGGGGGUGGGAGGGCAGGCCUCAGAGGUGGAAACACUAAAGUCUUAGUCUGUAGAACAAGCACCGGUGUAGAGUCCUAUGGUGGAAAUGGCAGAUAGAUGCCAUGUUCUUUAGUAUGUCUGAGUAUUCCAUCUGAUGCUGGACUUGAUGGUGUUGUGUCCACAUUUGCUACAGUGUGAUUAUGGGACAUGACGUGUACAUAGAAAGUAGUUACUACUACAACUCUAAUGUAUAGAGCUGCUAUCUUCUUUUGAAGAUUUCAUGUUGUUAUUAUCAAUCUCUAUGUUCAUUCUUCUGUCACUAGAAUCAGGGUUCCUUUACGGGAAGGUUAUUUAAAUUCAGUAAAAUCCAGAAGUAAAACAGACAUUUUAAAUCCAAUCAAUCCUCCAUGCUUUUCUAUGUGGUUUAGUUCCUGAAUUACCCUAACCCUGGUAUGAUGACAGUGCUACCCAUUUUCUAUCAAGACCAAAACUCCUUACAUUAAAUAUAUU